AUGUCUCCUCCACGAUAUGAGUACGUUACGAAGGUUAGCAGCGAGCCGCUUGCCGAACCCCUGACCUUCCACUUCUCCAAGAGGACGGCUAAAAAUCGAUUCAUGAACACCGCCAUGGCAGAGAUGUUGUCGACUUGGGACAAAGAGAACAUCGAAGCUAGAGGCAUCCCCACUAAGGAACUCAUCGAGCUAUAUCGACGAUGGGGUGAGGGCGAAUGGGGUCUCCUCCAUACCGGGAAUAUGAUGAUCGAUUACCACCAGAUGUCGAGUGCAGGCGAUGCAUUGAUCCCGCCUGAUGCGCCCUUUGAGGGCGAUCGUUUCGAGGCAUUCAAGGCUAUGGCUGCUGCUGCAAAGGCACACGGCAGCUUGAUCAUUGCACAGGUCUCACAUCCAGGACGCCAAAUUUCUGCGAAGCAAACCACUGAGUCUAUCUCAGCGUCAGCUGUCCAACUUGAGCCUAAGUUAGGAAUGACAUACGCUCCAACGCGCGCCGCAACCCAAAAAGAUAUCGACCAGGUGAUCGAAGGCUUUGCCCAUGCCGCCGCCUACCUAGAAGCCGCCGGCUUCGACGGCAUCAACCUUCACGGUGCUCACGGCUACCUUCUCGCCCAGUUCCUUAGCAAGACCACGAAUAAGCGUACUGAUAAAUAUGGAGGAAGUAUGACCAACCGCAUGCGUCUUAUCACCGAGGUGUGCGCGGCGAUUCGGGCCCGGACGAAGCCUAGCUUCAUUCUCUCUGCCAAGCUGAACAGCGUCGAGUUCCAGUCCGGCGGCCUCACCCCCGACGAGGCCUCGGAGCUGGUAAGCGCGCUGCAAGAGACGGCUGCUAUCGACUUCGUCGAACUCAGCGGCGGCACGGCCGAAGAACUGGGAAUGGAUUGGAAGAAGGAGUCGACACGCAGACGAGAGGCAUACUUCCUAGAAUUUGCAGAGCAGAUAGCCCCGGCUCUAGGCUCCAAAGAGCAACGUAGGACCAAGGUUUAUCUUACAGGAGGUCUGCGCUCAGUUGGCGCCAUGGUCGCCGUCCUCGAAAAGAUGGAUGGCGUUGGACUGGCGAAACCGGCAGCACAGGAACCCCAGCUGGCCAAGAUGAUUCUGGCCGGAGAGGUAGAGGGCGCGAUCAAACAACCGCCCCUUUUCGAGCAGGAGUAUAUUCUUGGCUUGAUGGCAGCCGGCACGCAACUCCGUAUGAUCGGUCAGGGGAAGGCACCCUUUGACAUAAGUGACCCCGAGCAGGCCGCUCAAUUCCAGAAGGACCUAACGGCACACUUCACUGCGCUGGCUGAGGAUGGAGACAAAGGCACCAAGUAUGGAUAUGCCGAGUAUACAGGGCCCACGAAGCCAUACGAGGCGGCGUGA